GCCCGAGAUGGCGGCGGCCGCUGAGGCGGCGGAGCGGCGGCUGGCGCGGCAGGAGCGGGAGCUGCGCUGGCUGGCGGCGGAGGUGGGGCGGCUGAAGGAGCCGCAGGAGCCGCUCUGCCCCGCCAGCGCCAGCCCCGAGCUGCAGCGCCUGCGGGCCGAGAACGAGAAGCUGCGCUACCGCCUGCUGCACCUGCGCCGCAGCCUGGCGGCCGAGCUGGGCCGGGCGGCGCCGGCACAGCCCGCGGCCGGCGGAGAGAAAAUCUCCAGUGCAAGUCCAACUGAUGCAGUGAUUCAAAUUAAAGAGGAAAAGACCAAGGAAAAUGAAGCUGUGAACCAACACCAGAAUGAUCUCCAGUGUGUGCCAAGCUUCAUAGAAGACAGACUGAAGCUUUAUGAAGUUCUGAAGAAAGAACAUGAUGCUUUGCUAGCUUACAGAGCAGCCAACCAGAGCAAAUCUAUCAAAAUUACUCUGACAGAUGGAGAGAUGGUUGAAGGGGAAUCUUGGAGAACCACGCCAUAUCAAUUAGCUGUAGGAAUUAGUCAAGUGUUGGCUUCAAAUGCAGUCAUAGCCAAAGUGAACGGUGAACUCUGGGACCUGGACCGUCCACUGGAGGGAGAUUGUACUCUAGAGCUGCUCACCUUUGAUAAUGAAGAAGCCAAAGCUGUUUAUUGGCAUUCAAGUGCUCACAUUCUUGGAGAGGCCAUGGAAGGAUAUUUUGGGGGCUGCUUAUGCUAUGGACCACCAAUUGAGAAUGGAUUUCAUUAUGACAUGUAUAUGGAAGAUAGAAGUGUAUCUAGUACUGAAUUCCCACUCCUAGAGAACCGUUGUAAAACUAUAAUAAAAGAGAAACAGGCUUUUGAAAGGCUGGAAGUCAAAAAGGAGAUCCUGUUAGACAUGUUUAAGUAUAACAAGUUUAAGUGUCGUAUCCUUAAUGAGAAGGUGAAGACACCAACUACCACAGUAUACAGAUGUGGUCCAUUGAUUGAUCUCUGCAGGGGUCCACAUGUGAGACACACUGGAAAAAUUAAGGCCCUUAAAAUAAUUAAGAGUUCCUCUACGUAUUGGGAAGGAAAAUCUGACAUGGAAACUCUGCAGAGAAUAUAUGGAAUAUCCUUUCCUGAUAACAAAAUGAUGAAGGAAUGGGAAAAAGUCCAGGAAGAAGCCAAAAACCGGGAUCAUAGGAAAAUUGGAAAGGAGCAAGAACUCUUCUUCUUUCAUGAUUUGAGUCCUGGAAGUUGCUUUUUCCUCCCUAGAGGUGCCUUUCUUUAUAACACACUCACGGAUUUCAUACGGGGGGAAUAUCGCAGGCGUAAUUUUACUGAAGUUGUAUCUCCGAACAUCUACAACAGUAAACUCUGGGAAGCUUCAGGACAUUGGCAGCACUACAGUGAAAAUAUGUUCUCUUUUGAGAUUGAAAAGGAAACUUUUGCCCUUAAACCCAUGAAUUGUCCAGGACAUUGCUUGAUGUUUGCCCAUCGCCCCCGAUCCUGGAGAGAAUUGCCUCUUAGACUUGCAGAUUUUGGAGUUCUUCACAGAAAUGAGCUCUCAGGAGCUUUGAGUGGCUUAACUCGUGUAAGGCGCUUCCAGCAAGAUGAUGCUCACAUCUUUUGCACUAUGGAACAGAUUGAAGAAGAAAUUAAGGGCUGUCUUGAUUUCUUGAAGUCAGUGUAUGCUGUCUUUGGCUUUACUUUUCAACUACAUCUUUCUACAAGACCAGAAAAUUAUCUUGGAGAUUCAGAGAUCUGGGAUCAUGCAGAAAAGCAACUUCAAAACAGCUUGAAUAACUUUGGAGAGCAGUGGAAUUUGAAUCCAGGAGAUGGAGCAUUUUACGGUCCUAAGAUAGAUAUUAAAAUCAAAGAUGCAAUUGGUAGGUACCAUCAAUGUGCUACCAUCCAACUUGACUUCCAGCUACCCAUUCGGUUUAAUCUUACUUAUGUUGGUAAGGAUGGCGAUGACAAGAAAAGGCCAGUGAUUAUUCACAGAGCUAUUUUGGGAUCUGUGGAGAGAAUGAUAGCUAUUCUAGCAGAAAAUUAUGGAGGAAAGUGGCCAUUCUGGCUGUCUCCACGGCAGGUCAUGGUUGUGCCUGUGGGCCCCACCUCGGAGCAAUAUGCCCAGCAGGUUUGCAGCCAAUUUUUUGAAGCGGGAUUUAUGUCAGAUGUGGAUCUAGAUCAAAGUUGCACAUUGAACAAGAAAAUUAGAAAUGCACAGCUGGCUCAGUAUAACUUCAUUUUAGUGGUUGGAGAAAAGGAGAAAGCAAAUAAUGCUGUCAACGUACGAACAAGAGACAACAAAGUUCAUGGGGAGAUUUCAGUAUCUUCUGCUAUUGAAAAACUCAAGAAAUUUAAGACUUCACAAAUAUCAAAUGCAGAAGAAGAAUUCUGAUGUUGCUGCUGGGAAAAAAAUUAUUAGCUGCCCGUGUGAAAUGUUUCUUUCUUCCUGCAGAGCAGUGAUGCUCAUCGGAGAGAAUUUUCAAUUAAUGGAUGCACAAAAUAAGCAAAUGUA